CAAUGAGGAUUAGAAACGCUCAUAUCAUUCAGUUUAUUUUAGAUAUCGUGCUGAUAAACAUGACACAAGUCACUCGCGACGUUCUUUAACAGCUUCAUUAAAGAAUAUACGCGAUUCAAAAAAAAAGUGAAAAAUAAUUAAUGCACGUACAAAAUUAACAACAACAAGUGCAAAUACUUAAACCACUUUGUAAUAGCGUAAAACACAAAGAAACGUUUGCCUUUUGCCCCGUUUCUCCCCCACAGAACACGACCCAAACAAAUCAAGUGAUUAAGUUUAGCGUAAAAAAAAGUAGUGACGCUCGCUUGAGAAUCAGGUCACACUUAAUCCCAUAAUAAUAAGCUGUUACCCGAUGCCGCAUGACUCAACGAGACGACUAAAUAUUACAACAAACUAAGUUGUUUCGAAACAAAAAUAGAUAAGAGUCAAGUAAAGUGCAGCAGCAUACACAAAAGCCCCUACUACAUGUGUGAAAAGUACCCUUUAAAUAUAAAUAACGAAAAAAAAAGAAAGAGUGUUAAACGUGUAGUACUAACUAAUAUUGUACAACUAGACCAGAUAUAUCGUAUAAUAAUAAGUGUAGCUGUAGACUAAAUUAAUGCAUCGUCCGUUGUUAUGUGGUUUUGAAAAAAAUAUAUUCCUAACAUGAAAGGAAAAUACUGAAAGAGUAUGUCCCUUGAGCAUCGUCGUGCGCGAGAGAACAAUGCAGACGGCGGUUUGUUAGUGGAUUCCACGCAAUUUCUCACGUCAUCAUCCCAAGCCAAUCUAAUAACGCAUCAUAUUCCGCUUGAUGGACAGAUUUUCCUGCAUCAAUCGACAAAUAAAAUUAAUUCACGUACAAAUCAAUUUUCAAUUUACAACGGCACCAACGUCAACAAUAAUAUGACCGCAUUUACGUCAACGCCAUCCCCAACGCCGAUCCGUUCGUCGAAACUGCUCGUGUUGCAACAAAGUGCACCGCACACCAAUGGCCUGCACAGCAUUCAGCACGAAACAUUUAUCGCAGAAAAUAACAUGAAUGGAACUGCUACGAUUGUGGGAAGUGCCACGAGCAAUAAUGGCAACAGUCAACAUAUCGGUGAUAACAUCGUUCUGGUUACAACGAACGAUCAUCAACUGGAAAUUACGAAUUCAGAUCAUGAUAUCAUAAAUAAUAAUAAUAUUUUAUCAAUGGCAAAUGGCAAUGCAACAACAACAACGUCGUCGAGCGGCGUGACACCGCCAGAUGAGGAAUUGACACCGCUUCAUUGGUUAACUAACACGAAUUCCAAGGAUUUGUUAAAAGGAAUCAAUUUAUCAUGUAACAACAAAGCACAUCCUGACAGCCCAAAUAGACCAGCGUCAUCCGGAUGUUUGCGAACGCCCGCAAGCGAUUUUACCGAAGAAUCGAAUAUAUCGGAGGAAAAUAACUCGGCGGUGCAUUACGAGUCGCGGUAUCCUUCGCAAUUAUCGCCAUCGCAUGCGUUCUACAACAAUGCCCAACCGCAAAAUCUCUCAGUAAUAAAUCGUGCCGCAAACAAUGUGUCGCCGAUCGAGUUGACGCGACAUCAUCAAGUGUCGUCACAUCAUCGACAAGCAUCGUCUCCCACUCCCUCGACGUCAUCCAGUAACUCGGCCAGUACUUUAUCCUCGUUAUCGCCCACCAAUUUAACAAUAACCGUAAGUAGCAGUACCACAAAUAGCAGCAACAGCAGCAGCAGCAGCGUUUCCCCGCACCACACACAUUUUCACAAAAAGUACUUGAGAACGCAACAAAUGCAGGAGCAGCAACAAAGUAGCAGUAAUGCGAUUACUGCCGAAGGGAAAACAAUUACCAUUACAACGGAGGAGAUUGUGCGGCAACAGCUCCAGCAGCAAUUCGUUCAUCCGAUAGUUAAUAGCAGCAGUAACUACAACAGUACACUUAAGCACAGUGCCGACCUUAAAGUACAGCCUCCCAUGCGAGCCAGUGACCAGAAAUCAGAGACAGACUGUGAUGAAUACGACACCAAUGGCAUGAUGUACAAAAAUAGCGGUUACUCGACGCCCCAAUCGUACUCGAGUUCUCCUGUGCCGGAUCACGAGAUGAACGGAAAAUACGAAAUUUCGCCUCCCAAGUCCCAAAAUGGACUGCAGACCAAUGGCAACAGCAGCAGUAACAACAAAGACAAACAUCCGAAUAAUCUUCCGUAUGAUCCGCAAUUGCACACAAACAGUAAGCCGCCCUACAGCUUUAGCUGUUUGAUUUUCAUGGCAAUCGAAGAUUCGCCCACGAAAGCGCUGCCGGUGAAGGAAAUUUAUUCGUGGAUUACGCAACAUUUUCCGUAUUUCAAGUCGGCGCCCAAUGGAUGGAAGAAUAGUGUGCGGCAUAAUUUGUCGUUGAAUAAGAGCUUUCAAAAAGUGGAAAAGGCAGCAAAUUUGGGCAAAGGCUCGUUAUGGAUGGUCGACGACCAAUACAGACCAAAUCUCAUUCAAGCACUUACCCGUUCGCCGUUUCAUCCAAUCUCGCCAAGUAUUGAAAAGUCCGUGAUGAAAGCAGCCAACUCCAUGCCUUCAAGUAACCGAAGUACACCGAAUAAGAAUUUACCUAAUAAUACAAACACAAUGACGCAACCAGGAAUUUUAAAAGACGGCUCUCGUUUACCAGAUCCGCAACAUUUCCCCUUUUUAGCGCGUCGUCUUGCUGCGAUGGAAACGGACCAAGCACAAUUUACGAACAAUAGCAACGGAUACAAUUUGAGCUCGAAUGGAAUUGUGCGAGAAAAUGACGAAAUGAAAAUGCUGUGUGAUAAUAUGGAUGACGUGAAUGCGGCGGCGGCGAUGCUUGCGCUGAAACAUGGACCUGGAGUGUUUACUGAAGUGUUUCAGGAUGGACAUCCGCCAAUAAUCACAACCUCCCCUAGUGAGGACCAUACAUACUCGUCGGCGAUGAAUGGCGCAAAUGGCGUUCGUUCCGGAUCGAGUUCAAGUGAUGCCAACAGCAAUGGGACCUCAUCGGAUGCCGCAUACGAAAGCGGAGAAGAAAGUCACAAUCAAUCAUUUUACGACAUUGAGGAACAACGUCGAUUGGCUGAAGGGGCAGAUGCCUUGCUAAAUUUGGCUGGCAUUGCAACGACAAACCACUGUGAUACCACAAAUAACACGACGACGACGACACGAAGUCCCGCCGUUAAGAGACUUGGAUCGCCGGAAUUUAAUUCGCAUCCUUAUUACUCGGCAGCGAAUCAAACCAGUAUCACGCAUAACUACUCAUCACCCCCGAAAAAGCACAAAUCUCGCAUGCUAAAGUCCAAACUGAAGAAAAAGGCGUCGUGGUUGCGGUAAUAUUACCGCGAAACUAAAAUUAGGAUUUAAGAUUAAAAAAAAAAUAAUUCGCAAAGAAAAAAAUAUUUAUGUAAAAAAAAUCAAAAAAAUUUAGGCUUUCAACCAGAUACUUACUUAGGAAACCAGAAAACAAUCAUUGAUGUCCCUGAAAAAAAAAUAGUGCUUUUCUUUAAAAUUCUAACAAAAAAAAAAUAUUGAGAUGCUAGUCGCGAUUUAUGUUUUCGCCACACAAAAAGUUCUCGACAUUUCUACCACGCAACCCGCUCACGGGAUGUACUUAAAUAUAAGCUAUGAGAAAUAAAAAUCUAAACUAUGUGCCAAUCUACUAUAUAUUUUUGCUACAAAAGUUAUGCUUCUUAAGUGAAUCAACAAAAAAAAAAUCAAACACUAAAAAAUCUUUAAGUCAAGUUAAGUUCACAUUUUUGCUGUUUAUAUUAAAAAUAUAUAAAAAUAAUGAAAAAAUAUGCUUAUGAAACAAAAAAUAUUAAAAACAUAUAUAAUGUUGAUGUUAUUAUGAUUAAAUUAUCGAUGUUUGACCGAAAAUGUAUACAAAACUAAACUUUCUAAACGUAAAAAAAUGAAACACUACAUUUUAGAUAUACAUUGUCUUCCAUUAAAAUGUAUGAAGAUAUUUACGCACCCCACAAAAAUUUUAAUAAAAAGCUUAUUUGCUUCAAAUUUCUUCUUUUUUAACAAAAUUUUUAAUUUUUUUUAAAAUUAAAAUUCAAAAAAUAAUCAGACGGGUGAAGAAGAACGUUGCAAAAAAUCAAAGGAAUUCACAAAAAAGCAAUAAAAUGUAAAGGAAACAAAAUUUUAUUAUAUGUUAUAUAUAUAAUAUUAUAAUGGUAACAAAAAAUAUAAAUGAAUAAUUUUAAGACAAAAGAAAAAUAUUUAAAUUUAAAAUCAAAUAAAUGUUAUAAUUAAAUAAAAAAUAAUGCAAAAUUAGGCUUUUUAUUAACACAAUAGAUUAAAUGUAAAAAAAUCCCAUAUUUAAUUUUAAAAUGUUAUAUUUAAUAAUGUAUAAAUUAUUAUUCUUAUUAAUAAUACGCAAAAUUAGUUUUAUUUUAAAAUAAAGGAAAAUUGUAUGGAGAAUGCUGUAGGUAGGCAGAAAAUUGCAAAACUUAUCAAAAAAAAUUUAUUAUACUAUAUGAGACUUGUUGAGUUUUCCUAUAAUAAUUAUUACUUAUUUAUAUUUUAUUUAGAACGUUUAUAAUAAUUAUUAAUUUUAAUUAAAAAAAAAAAUAUAUUAAAAAUUUUAAAUAUAAAAAGUAGUUCUAGAUAAAAUUUGAUUUCUUAAUUAAA